CUGAGCCAUGGACAGCAACAGCCGGGUGGGAGACAGUCAAGGGAAUAGAUGUGGGGGGGAUUUAGGGUUCUUCUCCCCUGCCUUCGCCCUCGCCGUCGCACCGUCAAGCAUUUUAUUCAAAUAAAGCUGUGCAGUAAAGAGGCCUCGGAACAUGACGGCGGGACGUCUUUGGAUCCUUUUGGGAGCUGGAUCUGUUCUCUGGGCUUUAAUGGUUCAGGUGCAGGGCAACGAGGAAUCAAAGCUGAUCGGUGACUUGUUCAAAAAGUACAACAAGAACACCCGGCCAGUGGUUCACCCUGAAGACAAGUUGACGGUCCAGAUCAAGCUCACCCUAACGAACCUGAUCUCUCUGAACGAAAAGGAGGAGACUCUCACGACCAAUGUGUGGAUUGAAAUUCAGUGGCUGGACUAUCGCCUGGCUUGGAACCAAUCGGACUACUACGGCAUUUCCAUCAUCCGCGUUCCCUGCAGCACCGUGUGGCUUCCAGACAUCGUCCUUGAGAACAACAUCGAUGGCAAGUUCGACGUGGCCUAUUACGCCAACGUGCUGAUCAGCAGCAACGGCUGGAUGUACUGGCUUCCUCCUGCCAUCUAUCGCAGCACAUGUGCUAUCGAAAUCACCUACUUCCCCUUUGAUUAUCAGAACUGCACACUGGCCUUCAGAUCACAGACGUACAGUGCCAACGAAGUGGACCUCAUCCUGACUCUCGAUGACAAAGGCGACGCUAUAGAGUGGGUGGAGAUCGACCCUGCAGCGUUCACAGACAACGGCGAGUGGGCCAUUGUCCAUCGCCCCGGUAGGAAGCUGCUCAACAAACGGUACACGCCAGACGACCUGGAGUACCAGGAGAUCAUGUUCAACCUGAUCAUCCAACGGAAACCGCUGUUCUACGUCAUCAACAUCAUCCUGCCCUGCUCCCUUAUCUCCUCCUUGGUCGUGCUGGCCUAUUUCCUCCCUGCACAAGCCGGGGGUCAAAAGUUGACUGUGUCCAUUUCGGUCUUGCUGGCUCAGACCGUCUUCCUCUUUCUCAUCGCUCAGAAGGUCCCAGAGACGUCGCUCUCUGUUCCGCUCAUCGGCAAGUACCUGAUCUUUGUCAUGAGCGUCACUACUCUGAUCGCCACGAACCAGAUCGUGGUGCUGAACCUGUCCCUGCGCCGACCCAGCACCCACACAAUGUCCCAAACCAUGAAGCACGUGUUUUUAGAAAUGGUGCCUCGCUUCCUGGGCAUGUCCCCGCUGGUGGACGACAGCGAGGUGACGACAGAGGUCAACGGGGUGAAGGACAGGCGCCGCAGCUCCUUCGGCCUCAUGCAGAGGGCAGAGGAGUACGUGCUGAAGCAGCCUCGCAGUGAAAUGAUGUUCGACAAGCAACGAGAGCGGCACGGCCUCACCAGAUCCAUUGUGGAUAGCAUAGACAUAAGCAGCACAGCCAACCUCUAUAAGAGCUUGGGCCAAGCUGCUCCUGAGAUCAAGCAGUGUGUGGAUGCCUGCAACUUCAUUGCUGAUAGUACAAGACAACAAAAUAACAUUGGAUCUGAGGUUGAAAGCUGGGUACUGAUUGGGAAGAUGGUCGACAAGGUGUGUUUCUGGGCCGCCAUUCUUCUCUUCAUCGUCGGCACGGUGGGCAUCUUCCUCACUGGACACUUCAACCGGGCGCCAGAUUUUCCCUUCCCUGGAGAGAGCAAAAAGUAUCUCCCGUAGGGUAAACUUUGUCCAGGGUGACUGUGCCUCAUGCUGUCUGUAAGGCUGAAUAGACCUUCUCAUCUGCGCUGUUUACUGUGCAGUAGGGCCGAAUAAAGGUUUCACGCUGCCUGUGUUUGUAUUGGAAGCUUAACAGCGUCCAUGUGGACAUUUGUAGGGCAGCAGGAAAAUGCUGGUAGCAGGAAGAGUAGGAACCUUUCAGUCAAACUAUGAUGGCAUUUCUAUUUACAGUAUUAUACAGAGUCCUUGUUACUGUGUAGAGCGCUUUGCAGAAAGUUUAUUAACAACUGAUGAGGUGAUGUACUGUAUUACACUGCUGCACUUCUCUGCAUAACCUGCAUGUGCUACUGUACUGUAUGUCUUAUAUGCAUGUUACUUGAGCCAUGAGUGGGAAAUAUAAGCCUUAUUCUUCUAAUCUCAGGAGGAACCUCUCUUGAUAUCGCUGUACCAUGGUACUUAAAUAAAACUUGGGAAGUGACAGUCAAAUCAGUAAGAAAGUAAUAAAAUCCACACAACGUAUACGUAUGUAAAAUGCAUUCUAAGGUUGAACUGAAUGAGAGAGAAUGCUUCAGAGAAGCUGUGGGCUAUUUGUUUGAUUAAAACUCGGCACAAGUUUAAAUAUUUUAAAACUCAAUACAAUUGGCAAAAGAAACAAACAACAAAAAAACUUCGAAUCAAUCCAUUGUAACUUUACAUAAUGCGUAAAAAAAACAAAAAAACAUUUAUAAUCACGAUUGAUAACUAUAGUGUAUUUAAAAAGUAUUAUUUUGUAAUUUAUUGUAAUUUCUUACUGCGGUUAAACCCAAAUUUUUCACUGAUCAAUCAGCAAUGUCUUUUCUUGUUUCUUUUCUUGUAUUUACUGUAUGUUCAGUUUUUGCCAGAUAUAUGCACUGACUACGUUUGUCUUUGUAACCAUACUAUAUUGUGUAUACAAAGUUCAGUAGUGAAUUUCAAUACUAAUUGUCAUAUUAUUAAAUUUUGAUUUAUUCUUAAACCAUCA